UCCGGGAUAGGAAGAGACGUCCUCCUGCUCUGUUUACUUUUCUCUCGUGUUAAGAGCUUGCAGAUUGGGAGACUUACUGAGACUGGCCGUCUCUUUUUCUUUCAUUCCUCUCUUAUCUAUCGGCGUGGUUACUCAAGGGUCGGAUCUUCUGCUUGGUUCUUUAAGCAGCCCAGCGAAGAGUGCAGAAGACUUUGUGGACAACCAGAAGUCCUUUACGCAACUGUGACAGUGUUUUAUCAAUUACAUUUAACCAUGCAGUAAAUUUCACGGUGUGACCAUUUUGUUGUGACCACCAUGAGGCUCGCCAAAAGCGGCUGGCACUUGGCACUGCUGCUGGCCACGGCCGGACUGGUGAGUUCAGGAAACGGUAACGGUCAGAGGCGAGGGGGUGGCGAGAGGCGGAGAAAGCUUCACCGCGUGCAGAACGGCCAGUGCAGCUACACCUUUGUCCUGCCGGAGAUGGAGAGCUGUCAGGGCGGAGCGGACCACAGCGCCGGUACCAACGUGGUGCAGAGGGACUCCCCGCCGGGCGAGAGCGAGUGGUCCGCGCAGAAGCUGCAGCAUCUGGAGACGGCCAUGGAAAAUAACACGCUGUGGUUGCAGAAGUUAGAAAACUACGUUCAGCAAAAUGUGAAGACUGGGAUGGUGCAUAUCCAGGCUGAUGCAGUUCAUAACCAGACGGCCACUAUGUUGGAGAUCGGCACAAACCUUCUCUCACAGACCGCUGAACAGACCAGAAAACUCAAUGUUGUGGAGGCCAAGGUUAUGAACCAGACAACAAGAAUUGCAAUUCAGUUAUUAGAGAAUUCACUCUCAACAAAUAAACUGGAGAAGGAGCUUUUAACACAGAUUUCAGAAAUUUCAAAACUCAGAGACAAAAACAGUCGAUUGGAGACUAAAGUCCUGGUGCUUGAGUCACAGCAGAGGAGUGAACUGGAGGACAUGAAGGUGGAGAAGGAAAGACUCCAAGACCUGGUGAAGAGACAGACAGCAGCUAUAACAGCUCUGGAGAGACAGCUGAGAUCCGCCAGCAGUAAUAAUUCAGCCAUGCAGAGACAACAUCAGCAGCUCAUGAAAUCUGUCCACACUCUUAUUGACCUGGUGUCUGUUGGACCCGGGUCCUUGCCAAAUCUGCAGCGGUUUCGAGACUGUGCAGAGGCCUAUAAAUCUGGUCACAACAUUAGUGGAGUCUACCACAUUUACAUCGGAGACAUGACUGAGCCAACCAAGGUCUUCUGUGAUAUGGAGACAAGUGGAGGUGGAUGGACGUUAGUGCAACGAAGAAUUAAUGGUAGUGUUAACUUCCAAAAAAGUUGGAAAGACUACAAACAGGGAUUUGGUGAUCCUAGUGGAGAACAUUGGUUGGGUAAUGAAGCCAUUCACCUGAUCACCAGUCAAGCCCAGUACUCCCUCCGAGUUGAACUUAAAGACUGGGAAGAGACUACUGCCUAUGCGCUAUAUGACAAAUUUCAACUGGCCAGUGAAAAACAGCAGUACAGGCUUUUGCUGGGUAGCUACAGUGGAACAGCAGGACAGCAAAGCAGUUUAGCAUCAAACGGCCCGGGCUUCAGCACCCGCGAUGUUGACAACGAUAAGUGCGCUUGCAAGUGCGCCCUCAUGAUGACUGGAGGUUGGUGGUUUGAUGCAUGUGGUCUCUCCAACCUAAAUGGAAUCUACUACACAGUGGGUCACAACAUCCGCAAGCUGAACGGGAUCAAGUGGCAUCACUUCAGAGGACCCAGCUAUUCGCUCCAAUCCACUGCCAUGAUGAUCCGACCAUCUGACUUCUAAUGCGGAGAUUUGUCUAUCAUCACUGUGUCACAUUGAAUGAUGGAUUGUACUUGUUCGAAGACUUCCUGGGAAGCAUCAGAGUUGAAACUAAUAUUUUUAUAAACAAUCAAAUGGUGAUGUUUUACAACGAACCAGAGAGGACAAAAGACAUCAGAGUGAAAAUUUCACCUCAUUUCCACGUUGCGAUUUCUUGCUCACGCAUGCAAACACACCUUAACUCUCAAAACUUUUGUAUUCUGGAUGAAUGUGUCCUUUACAGUUUGAAACGAUGACAACUUUGCUUUGACAAGGAUCGAAGGUCAUUGUUAUGACAUCAAAGAACCUUGAGAACAUCAGGAGGACUAAAGAGAAUGCAAACCCAUGUUGGUUAUCAACAAAAGACUCAAUAAGGCUCCUCGUGUAUCUGAAUCCAGGCAAAGCUGUCCAGAGGAACACCAAAUGUACCUUCAUAUUUGACUGGUUUUACAGUAUUGUCCAAAAGUUCAAGAUAGAUAGAUAGAUAGAUAGAUAGAUAGAUAGAUAGAUAGAUAGAUAGAUAGAUAGAUAGAUAGAUAGAUAGAUAGAUAGAUAGAUAGAUAGAUAGAUAGAUAGAUAGAUAGAUAGAUAGAUAGAUAGAUAGAUAGGGUGUGUGUCUAAAUAACUGGAUAUUUUUAUAUUGUGCAUUUUAUGCUUUUUUAUGCAUCUACAAGGGUAACUAUAUUUCUGUCAACUAUGUAAUGAUAAAGUUAAAGUCGACAGCUUAUACCUAACUACAAGAAAUAACUGGUUAGCAUGUACCAAUUAAGCCCUAAAGUUGUGCUAACCGCAACACUGCCAUUUAAGUGAAUGCAAAUGGUAAUGUUUCUGAGAUAAAUGGAAUAUCACAUGAGGAAAAUAGUGGGCAUGGCUUGUGUUUAUCGACGUUGGAUAUCGAAAAGUGCGCGUUUCAGUCCACCUCCCCCACCAGGCCAACUCACAGCAGACAAUUGGAGGGGGCGGAGUUAACAGAUGCCCCGCCCACUUCAUUAAUCUGACCUCAUCAGAGAAGGAUCGCCAGAGGAACAUUUUAGAUUUAAUUUAAGUUUAUGAGGGCACAUUAAUUAAAAAAAUAAAUUAAUAAUAAUAGCCUACGUGAAUAAAUUGUUUUAAAAUGAAAACAGCCAUAUUACAAUAAAAAAUUAAAAUUGUCAGUUUUCAUUUCAUGGGGACUUUAACUCUUGCUCGUUCUUAUUGGGUUGCUACUGUACCUGAUUGAUAACACAUCCGUAUGGACAUUUAAAGGUAACCCUAACAAUGCUGAAGUUUGUUACAACCAUCGCAAAUGGAGACGUUAAAUAUGUACAAUGGAACUCUAUGCUUGCAAUAUGGUGGCUAAGCAUUCACACCUGCUUUUUUUGCAUACUUACACAAAGUAUGUCUUGGCCUUACUUGUGUGAUUUGUACUGUAUGUUUGUGUGUGUGUUUAAAAGAAAGAUGCUAUAUUUUGUUUUACUUUACAUUUAGUGUGAUCUGUUUUUACUAUAUGCAAUGAUGUUAUGUAUGUUUGAAGGAUGCACUUUAAAAUGCAAAAUAUGUGGGUCAUCGGGUUAGACAGCAGAUAUAGCGACUCUCUCUACAACUGUUCGAUAAUAAAUAAAGCUAUUUGUUGCUGCUGUCGUAUUUAUAGUAUAACCUUUUGACCAUAAACCUUUCAACAUGUAUUAUAUCUUUUUGGCAAUAAACCUUUCAUUGCCUA